AUGCGCUCAUUGCCAGAGGACUUGGCGAUCCAGUACCGAAAGCGCACAAAGACCGGCACAGACGCCGCGGACUCUGCAGUCCAAUCGGGAGACGAGCAAGUCAAGGCAAUCUUGAAGUUCCUUCAAGUGGACGUCGAAAGUAGAGAGGAGAGUCGAGCGUCACGCGAGAAGGCCACUUCAGGGAGACCGUCGACGAACCGCAAGUCUGCGGACGCCUCAUCACCGCCACAUCUACCGUCCGCUCUAGCCCUGACAGCACGGUCAUCAGCGCCAGGUGCCACUUCAAGGCCUGCACAGACAAUAUGUCCCCUCUGCGGCAUCUCAGGCCACUUGACGCGUGAUUGCCGGGCCGCGCUAUCCGCAGAAGAAAAGCACCAGCGCCUUUCCAGCAAUAGCUGCUGCUUCAGGUGCGGGAAACCAGGGCACAUUUCUCGCAAUUGCCGAACCGCAGCCUGGCUUAAGUGCGACCGAUGCUCAGGACGCCAUAUUUCUGCUCUGUGCGACAUCUGGGGCCGACGAGGAUCCGACAGUCCACAACCGACUGGAGAUGAAAACCGAGAGGUGGCCACACAGCGAGAAAAGCGCAGAACGUUCAUCCGAAAGGACUUGUCGCAGCAGCUUUGCCUGCCUUCCACUGGAUAUGAAGAGAUGGAUGUCUAUACAUUCGGCGGGUCAAAGCACCCACGACAUUAUCAGUGCCGAAGGGUGAACGUCACGCUCUGUGGACGUAUUGAGCCGAUCGUCGUCGAUGUUGAAGCUCUGGAGGUGCCAGAGGUCUGCACCGUAAAGGGUCCAGCUUUAGAGCCAAACGUCAUCAAUAUGAUGCGUGACCGCAAUCUGACCUUGGCUGACGAAGUUCAAGGGCACCAACCUCAAGACUCUACGAUAAGCGUUUUGAUCGGUUCAGACCACUACUGGAGGGUAGUGACCGGACGCGUCGAGCGCUUCACCGACAAUCUCUGUGCAGUUGAGACCAUAUUUGGCUGGGUCAUUCAAGGAAUGUGCGCUAACGUCUACCAUCCUUCGACACCGCGUAACAUCACUGCAACUGCCUUAUUCCUGGCUUGUUCCGACGACUGGCGCACUGAAGUCCGACCUGUAGACGUAUCAGAGAUGUGGCGCUUGGACGCCAUCGGUAUAACUGACGGCCAAGAAGACGACGUCAGCCAGCACCCAGCGCUCGUCCACCUUCGUAGCGCAAUACACAAGAGCGCAGGACGCUACGUCGUGCCGCUCAUGAUCAAGACGCCAGGUAUCACGUCUUGUACCAGCCGAAGUGUGGCUGAAACCAGGCUCAAGCGUCAGCUUCAGCGGUUCGAGCAUCAUCCCGAAGUUCUGAAGGAGUACCAUGCCACCAUCAGCGAGUACUUCAAAGAAGGCCAUGCGGAAAGAGUAGUGCCAUCGGCACCCCUUGGACAGACCGUCUACUACCUGCCUCACCAUGCGGUAGUCCGACGUGAGGCCGUGACUACAAAGGUCCGCGUCGUGUUCGAUGCCUCAUCGCAUGAAUACGGUGAACCGUCUUUGAACGACAUGCUCGAUAAAGGCAUCAAGCUGGGUCCUGAACUCUUGCAGCUACUCUUGCAGUUUAGGAGCAGCAAAUUUGUUCUCACCGCGGACAUCCGAAAGGCCUUCCUCCAGAUAUGGAUCCGAUCGGAAGACAGAGAUGCUCUUCGCUUCUUGUGGAUCGACCAAUUACCGACACAUGAGCAUCCCGUCCCAACAAUCAUCGAGUGGCGCAUGACCAGGGUUCCUUUCGGAGCAUCUUCCAGCCCGUUCUUGUUGUCAGCAACCCUACAGCACCACCUCGAAACAUGGAAGACGAAGCACCCGGACAUCGUCGCCCGCCUACAACGGUCAUUCUACGUGGACGACUUAGUUAUCGGCGCGUCUUCCGAAGAGGAGGCAUUGGAGAUUUACCGAGAAGCGAAUGCUAUCAUUACCGAUGCGGGAAUGGAAUUGAGAAAAUGGUGCUCAAACUCCCGCCUUCUCUGCGACCAGUUCUUGAACGACGGCCUCUCACUAGAGAAUGUCACCGAGCAGAGCUCUAAGUCCAAGGUGCUUGGUCUGCUGUGGGACCGCUCAUCAGAUGACAUCAUUAUCACUACGCAAGGCAAGAAGACGCAAGAGAAGGAAGCUAGCACGGAAAAGCAGCUCGAAUACCUUAUGCGAGAAAUAGAACAGCUACGAAGAGAACAGACUCAAAAUUCUCAAACACCACCAUCACGUCCGCCAUCUCCACCCCCAUCAUCACCUCCACAACCAAAGCCAGCAACACUGGCGAAUCAAACAAAGGUAACGCAGAACGACCUCAGGGUACUUGAAGACCGCAUCAACGCCAAUAUGACAGUCGUGAUGGACGACAUCAUGUCCAAGGUAUCGCAGGUUGUAGAGACCACGGUAACACAGCUGCUACAAACUGGGUUCCAAACUCUCAAGAGCGAAAUGGAGAAUCAGAUUCGGGCACUAGAGACCAAAAUGACGCAAUCGGGGGAAAGCUUAAGUCAGCGCAUUCACACGCUGGAAGAAAGAGAGAAUGCCCGAAAGAAGCCUAAGUACCCAGUGAGAGAAGCUGAGAUCCUGCAAACCUUAAGCAAGAAAGAUGGCGAGGCCAACUAA